CAACGUGGACUCUGAGUCUGGAAUCACUGAUGGCUGACUGAGAGUUCACACCGAGCAUGCUCAGUGACAGGGACACAGUCCAUCUGUGUGGUAAUAUAAGUGUCACUCAGUGUCCUGAAGCUCCAGAAAUCCACUGAGAAACCGGAGGAAACUGAAGCUGCAGAACUUCAUUCACAAUCCUCCCCAUUCUAACUUUCAGGUGUGAAAGGUUCCUUGGACCAUGGUCUUCACCAAAGGACUAAAAUCUGGUCCAACCUAAAGAAGUGGUCUCGGUGUGGAUCAAACUGAACCAUGGAUCGGUUCAUUUGCAGAGUGAAAACAGUUCUUAGAUGAUUCAGACCAGUUACAGGAAGUUGAGGCUCAUCAAACAUUUAAAAACAGAAGAAGAAAAACAACAGGAAGUGAAGCAAAACUGAGCCGAGGGAGAAAACGAGGAGAUGAAAUAUUUAACUCUGAUCAAAAGUCAACUUGAAAAAAAAAAGAAUAAAAUUGCUGAAACAUUCAAGUUAUUUGAACUGACAACGUGCCGUCUAUGAACCAAUCAGAGCACAGAGAGACACAGCUCAGCAGGAUGAGUGACGUCCGCUUGGCUUCAGCCUCCUCCCCUGUCUCCAAGGUAACCGGCCUGUCUCCAGGAUGCAGUUCCCACGGCAGCGAACCCCCAGCCUUUGUCCUCCCUCCUCGCAAUGCCCGGGUCACCCUGGGGGGAGACGCCCGACUGGAGGGGAAGGUGCGUGGUCAUCCUGAGCCUCAGGUCACAUGGUACAGAGAGGGGAGGGCUGUGAUUGGUGGAGAGCGCCGUGUUGUGGAGCAAGGUGGACGUGGCACCUUCAGUCUGGUGGUGGGCGGAGUCACAGAGGAUGACCUGGGACGAUAUACCUGUCAGGCCACCAAUCAGGCGGGCAGUCGACAGGUUACCGUGGAGAUCCUUCUGGAAGAGGAUUCUGGGAAGAAAUAUGGCCUCCGGUCCUCGGUGAAAACAGGGUGUCGGCCUGCGGUCCCAGCGGUGGAGAACAGGCCCAGUAUUUGGGGCGAGAGUCCGCCAAAGUUCAUCACAAAACCGAGCCGAGUGUUCGCCAAGCUGGGACAGAGUGGGAAGUUCUCCGCCAAGACAACGGGACGUCCACAGCCCCGGGUCACAUGGUAUAAGGGGGGCACCGAGGUCCAGUCCUGUGGGCGAGUCAGUAUGUACGAGCGCUCUGGCCUUCAUUUCCUGGAGAUAAAGGAAGUGUGCAUGGACGAUGGCGGAAGUUACACGUGUUCGGUCACCAACGCCGCUGGUACAGCCACCGCCACUGCCGAGCUCCACAUCCAGGGUGCUCCUGAUGACUCCUCCAGGACUGAUCCUCCUGAGACCACACAGACCAGGAUGGUGGAAAGAGCUGAUCCCAGCACCGAGGCAGGGCAGCCCAGACUCAGGGAGAAGCAGCAGCAGCAGCAGAGCCCCCUCCCUCAGUCUGGACAGGCAGCCUCCUCGAGAAGCAGCCCUUCCAAACAGCUCCCCCCAGUGGCUGAGAGAAGAACUGCAGCUGCUCCAGCUACAGUCCUGUCAGUCCUCAGUCCUGGUCCAGUCCAGACCGGAUCAGUCCAGCAGUCAUCAGCUGUUUCAGACAGCAGCAGAGCUGUCAGGAGGUCGGUGUCGGGGCCCAACUUGCGGUUCGAGGCCGUUCCUCUGGACCAGGAGGCCACAGAGGGAGGACAGGUGACAUUCACCUGCCAAGUCUCGUCCGUUGCCGUCGCCAUGGUUACCUGGCUAAAGGACGACCGACCAGUGAGGAUGGGACCAGGUCUGCAGCAGAGAAAGGACGGGACCCGUCUCACCUUCUCCAUGGAGAGAGUGAGACAGCUGGACCAGGGGACAUACCGGUGUCAGCUGACCACAGCCGACGGACUGACGGUCGAGUCCAGAACAUGGGCGCUCAGUGUCCACGGUGUGUCCCGACCCCCAGCCUUCGUCAGCAGGCUGCAGGACUGCUCAGUAACAGAAGGUCAGGUCUUCAGCCUUCAGGUCUCUGUGGAGGGAAAACCUGCCCCAACAGUCCGCUGGCUGAUCAACG